AUGUUUUUAGCAGACGACAGACAUUUGUUUACACUAAAGAACGAUCAAUUCAGAGGCAUCAAACACUCUUCCCCUCCGAUUAUUGAAAAACCACAAAGACCGAUAUCACCAGUAGUUGAAAUUCUACAAAAUCAUGGUGUUAUUCCAAAUGUUGAUAAAGCAUUAACGUCAGAAUGUAUAAUUGGCGAACAAGAUUGCGCGGAAGAAAUUGACAUUGAUAAUUUAUUCGAAAAUUUGAUUAAUUUAGAAAAUUGUAAUUUAGAGUCCAAUAAGAAUAAUUGUUCAACUGUCCGUUGUUCAGAUGAAGAUGUUGUUAGACCUAAUUCACCAGAAAAUGACUUGGAUGACGAAGUUCGUGAUCCGGACUAUGUUCCAGUGGAAGAUGAUGCUCAAAGUGACAGUCAAAGUGAUAACCAAACUGAACCAGUAGGUCGGAUAAAACGCAAAAUGGGUCCUCAAAAUUGGAGUAGACAACACAAUAAACGUUUAAGGAUGGAAGGCAAACCAUAUAAAGGUGUCAAGAAAAUUGAUGGUCAUUUUACUUACAGUUCAGAUAAAGGUAGCAGAAAACUAAAAGAAAGAAAAUGUACUAAAACGUGCGAGAAAAGAAAUCGUUGUCGUGACUUAACGGAUGAUGAUCGACAGAAAAUUUGUACUGGUUUCUGGGAAAAUAUGGACUGGAAAGAGAAGAAAAUUUUUGUGAAUAGUUUGGUAGAUAGAGAGAGUGUAAAGGAAAGAACUGUUGCCAAAGAUGAUGCAGAAUACAGACGAAAUGGUUCAAAUAAGUAUUUCUUGAAGAAAGAUAAUGAGAAAUUACAAGUCUGCAAAUCAUUGUUUCUGUCAACUCUUUGUCUGGGAGAAAAGACAGUUUUUAUGCAUGGAUAG